UGCAUCUUCCAAGCUCUUCGUUCGCAUGCUGGCACUGGAGCUGCUGGCAGUGCUGCAGUUGUGCCGCAGCAAUGAUUGCGAUGGUAAUUGCGCAGGGACCGCUUUCCUACAGCAGCACCAUCAACUUAUGCUGCAACGGUCACUGAACGUCUCACAGAACGUCUCACAGGCGUCCGGGCUGCUUGACCGCAUUCUCUUCUUGACAGAACCGUGGGACGAGGCUCAGUGUGCGCGAGCGCCUUGGAUGUGCGCGGCACCCUUCGAUUGCCUCAAUACCACCGGCCAGGUGGAAACUCUGCAGGAGCUUAAGCAGCACCUGGCGAAGCCCAGCGGAGUUAAUCUGCAGUCCUGGUGCCAUGCCAAUCCCACGCAGUGGCAACCAGGUUUCGAAUGCAUCAUAAAGCAGGACCUACAAGGCUACGCCGCGUUGAUGCGACAAAGCAGCAUUGAGUAUCACUACGAGAUUUAUGAUGCAAGCUACUGCUUCAUGUCUGGGCAUUGCGAGAACGACCAGGUGACGCUGAACACCACCGUGCAGGAGGCGGAGCAACUGUGCGAUGAACGCUUUCCAGAGCCGCAGGGAUGGCGAAGCGUGGGCUUGCAGUUUCCAAUGCCAUCGCCCCCCUUUUGGACAAUGGCCGACGUGAAGCAGAUCGAGCUGUUGGCUUGCGCAACAGAGCCUUGGAGACCGUGGCGUAGAGGCUAUGCUCUUGUGAUGAUGUUAGACAUACACCGGGGUGAAAGACGGUGAAAGUAGAUGGCACAAACCCAAAAAGGUAGUUAUAUGUGUAGAGGGCCCACUUCAAUGAAGAGGGCUCACUUAGACGAACACACGAUGCUUACGCCAUCUACUUUCCAGAUGGUCUACAGAAUUGAUGAUAAGCCAGCUAUCACUGCGACGUGAUCUAUUGUCGCCAGACGUACUGUCAGAUGGAAGAGUACAAGAAAAUCUUUGCAACGAACUAAAUGCGCUGUUCCAAGAGUGCUCAGCAAAA